AUGUUAAACUUUUUACAAUAGAUCGAUUAGUUUGGAGUCUAGUAGAAGUUACAAAUUCCUCCGAUAAAACCCACAUAAAAAAGUGCUCUAGGUGGAUUAGUAACGUUAAUUUUAUAUGGUGCCAGUUUGGGAUAUUUUCUUUUUCAAAUUUUAGAUUGGCAAUCUAAUAAUAAACUCCCUAAAGUCACAUUUAUCCAAUCAUAAAUUAAUUAUGCUUAAAAAUUAAAGCUUCAAGGAGUAUUUGCAGAAAUAAGUUAUAUGCCAUCCUUAAAUAAUCCAAUAGAUCCCUUUAAUCCUCAAAAUCUUAUAUUUUCACCUCAUUUAAGAAUCAUUCCUUAUGACAGAUAGAAUAUCUAAAGCAUACCUCUUAAGUUUGAUUAGGAAUAAUUAGAAAAUGGAAAAAUUCUCAACAAAUUUCUUAUUCAAGACAUUGAGCCAUCCAGCUCUCCUGUUAAUUCAUUGAUACGUGAAUAGACUAACUAUCAAUUAUCUUUGGGUUACUGCAAUAUUAAAUUACUUUAAGAAGGACAAUUCUGUGCUAAUCAAGAUACAAUUGAUCAAUUCUUUAGCCAAACUAAUUUCUUUUAAGUCUUUAUUUACAUAUAGCAAUUUGAUCCCAAAACAAAAUCAUUAAAACUUAUACCAAAAUAUUUUAUAUUCGAUAUGAUAAAAGAUUAGCUUUAUUUCACUCAAUUUAUCCUCAAAGUAGGCGAAUUAAACAUGGAUGAUGGAUUCUUAUUUCCUAAUUCAAAUGAAUACACAUUUCUCUCUGAUUUAUAGAUUGUUAGUGCUCAAUAUGAUUAAGAAUAUUCCAAAAAUAUGUAUGGAGAAGAAUUAAUUUCAAUUUUAUUUUUUAAUUUAGAUUAAAUAAAAAUAGUAAACAAUGUUGAAUAUCCUAAAAUAUCAGAAAUAUUAGCAGACACCGGUUCAAUAGUAACUUGGAUUCUUUCAAUCUCUUUUAUAGUCUCAAAUUAUAAUGAAACCUUAAGUUUGGAAUCAACUUAGAGGAAUGUAAUUAGUAUGUAUUUUAAUGAUUUUACUGAUUUUUCAAUAAAAAAGAAUUGGUUAGGCAAAAUAAUAAGUGUUAACUUUAAAGGAAGAGAAUAUGAUACUUAAAAAUCAGAAGAAAUCUUGAAUAGAUUAAACCAAAUUGCAGUAGAAAAGAUGAAUUAUUUGAAUUUAUAAAAUGAAGUAGCUAAAUUAUAAUUAAUAGUAUAAGAACAUUUAGGGUUAUAGCAAAUUAACAAAUAUUUAGAAACAAAAUAUCAAUUAGAUCAACUUUUUGAUCAAUUAGGUAUACCUGAAAAGGUUUCAUAAUAGGCGAUAAAUUAAAUUCAAGCUUAAAAUGAAUAGUAAUCCGAAGGUAUUUCAUAAUUGAAUCUAGAUGCUGAGAAUGAUUCAAGGCCUAAUAAGCUUAUAAUUUUAGAAUAAGAAUUAGAAUCAAGAAUGGGGCUUUUAGACAUCAAGAAAUAUGAAAAUGGUGGAUUUAAAUAGUUAAAUAGUAACUUGCAAGUAAAGGAGUCAUUUUAAAAUUUAAAUACGUAUGUGAAAGUAAGUAACCUUGAAAAAUCUGUAGAUGUUAAAUGA